ACUAACCCCUCUCCCUCACCAAUCUCUAUCUCUAGGCCCCCUCCUUAGGAAGAUUUCAUUUGCUUCUUUGAGUAGUUAAUCUUAAUUUAAUUCCUUCAUGAAAGGGGGAUUCGAUAUAGUCCACAGGGCUCUCGAUAUGAUCCAGCCCCAUGACUCAUGGGACUACGACCUAGGAGUGGCUAAUGAUCCGAUCUCCAGCUCGUCCCUGUUGUCGAAGCCAUUGACGGUCGAAACUCGAUGUGGCAAUAACUUGGAGAGGAAUGAGCUGUCCGAGUGGGUGGAACGCGUCACCAGACAACUCAUCGAUGACUCGGAGGCGGGGAGCGAGAGCCUGCAGGCUGAGCCUACGGUGGGGUCAUCCGAUGAUUCCACUCCAAGGAGAUCUGCCCGAAGAAAUUACCUUGAUGCGGGAACUAACAAUGGUAACCCGUUCCAUUGGAACGAAAAUGAAUCACUUGCUUGUUACAACUCGAGUGAGAGCAAUAGUGGGAACAGUAAUAGCAAUAGAGGGUUGAGUAGGUUAGAUGAGCAUGCUUUGAGCCUCAUAACCCUUCUUUUAGAGUGUGCGGUCGCUAUUUCGGUCGAUGAUUUGGGUAAAGCCCACCGGAUACUACUCGAACUGACCCAAAUGGCGUCUCCUUAUGGCCCAUCAUGUGCUGAGAGGGUCGUUGCUUACUUUGCCAAGGCCAUGUUGAGUCGGGUUGUUAACUCGUGGCUCGGGAUCUGCUCCCCUCUGGUUGACUACAAGAGCAUCCAUUCCGCGUUCCAGUUCCUGAAUAACAUCUCUCCUUUUGUGAAAUUCGCUCACUUCACCUCCAACCAGGCCAUCCUGGAAGCUUUCCACCGGCAGCACCGGGUUCACAUUAUCGACUUGGAUAUCAUGCAGGGACUCCAGUGGCCCGCACUUUUCCACAUCCUUGCCACCCGAAUGGAGGGUCCUCCCCAGAUAACAAUGACUGCUGUCGGGAACUCGGCUGAGCUCCUCACUGAUACAGGGAAAAAACUCUCCAACUUCGCCAGGCGGCUUGGGAUCGUGUUCGAGUUCCAUCCAGUGGCCAAGAAGUUCAGCGAGAUUGAUCCGUCAGCAUUACAGGUGAGGAGGGGAGAAACUCUGGCAGUGCAUUGGCUCCAGCACUCACUCUACGACGUGGCGGGAUCUGACUGGAAGAUGAUGAGGCUUCUAGAGCAGCUGGCGCCUCGGGUGAUCACGCUCGUGGAGCAGGACAUUGUGCACGGGGGCUCCUUCCUGGACCGCUUCGUGGGGGCCCUCCACUAUUACUCGACUGUGUUCGACUCCCUCGGGGCAUACCUAUCGCCUGACGAUUCCAACAGGCACAAGGUCGAGCACUGCCUCCUGCACCAGGAGAUCAACAACAUACUGGCUAUUGGGGGGCCUGCAAGGAGCGGGGAGGACAAGUACCGGACCUGGAGGAACGAGCUGUUCGGGAGAACUGGGAGCUUCCUCCAAAUCCCGAUGAGUGCCAACGCCAUGGCACAGGCUCAGCUUAUACUUAACAUGUUCCCACCGGCUCAUGGGUAUAGUCUUGUCCAAGCGGAUGGAACACUCAAACUCGGGUGGAAGGACACCAGCUUGUACACUGCUUCUGCUUGGACUUCUCAACAUGCUUAAAGAUAAUCGAACUUCGUUGCCAUAUCAUAUGUUUCUAUAUCAAGUACUAGCUGGGCUUAGUUUGUAAUCGAAAAUCAGUUCUUCUCUUGCAAUUGUCUUCUGACGUGGUCGGACUAAACGCUUCCCCUUUAACAAUCAAACAUAAAAUACACUCGUAUAUAAUUAUUUGAUCAUGUAUGUAUACCCAGAUACAUAUUAAAUAUUUUGGAUUUUUUCAUGAAGA